UCGCGCUGCGAACAUCGGGUAGAAUUUGGUCUCCUCAGUACUGUAAAUUCAUUCGUAUUUGCUAGCCAGUUACGUUUUGUUUGUUAUUAGAUUAUGAAUGUUAAUUAGUUGUACAAUUAAUAAUAUUGAAUAAUUCCCGGUUUUAAGUCAUGCAGUUCAGUACUCGUGUUGGUUUGAUUAAUGUGCAAAUAAAGGGCAUUGCAGUGAAUUAUUAAUUCGCUUAUCGAAGAAACGGAGAUAUUUUCAGUGAAACGUACCCCUUGCUGACAACAUUGCAUCUGGCAAUACUACAUUUAUGGCAUACAUUUCUCUAUCUGUGCCUGGUUGGUGCGAACAGUCUGCUGUCAUUCUGACCUUGUUUGUUUUGAAUCAGAGUUCGCGAAUCGACACACUGUGAAUGAAUGUGCGUUCGAUUUCGGAAGCAGAAAGAGAGUGAGCAUUUUUCGGAGUGAACCGGAGCGGAUUUGUCACUCGCCAGGAGAAGGAAGGGAGAGCUAUACGCACAAAAAGGAAACGCAAGGAUAGUAUUGCAAGAAAAAAAAGCAGAGAAGUGUUUCAUUGGAACAGAAACGGAGCUCAAGUGUUAUUUAGUGUUUAUAUAGUUGAAAUCUUCGAAAUCUAGUGAGACAAUAGUCUUCGUUGGAUCCGGGAGUACAUCCAACGUAAAUCAAGAUGAAUAAGCUAGACUACGAUGUAGAUUGCUUAGAAAUAAGUGACGACCUGAUAAGCAUGGCCGAGGACAAUACACUAGGUGACUUCUCACAUAUCGACGAUGAGCUGCAGUUUGUGAAAAAUGACGGAAUGCUAGCACUAAGAUUAAUUCAAGUGGCAGAUAGCUUAGACUCACCAAACUUUAUCACAGGAUCACCAGCUAAUUCCUACCCAACGCUAACCAACUCGAGCAACGAUCCUAAUCAAUGCUCGUUCUUUGUGAUUAAGAAAAACAACGACAACGUGAAGCAAAGUAGGCCUACCGUCAACAUCAGCAGAACGGGCCCAAGGUCGGCCAGCGACUGCCCCAGUGACACGAGCCUGAAUAGAAAGCAGCGCGAUGACCGGCGGCGGGCGAAUCACAACGAGAUCGAGCGACGGCGGCGAGACAAAAUCAAUAACUGGAUCCACGAGCUGAACAAGAUCAUCCCUGCGGAGCACAUGAACAGCCCCUCGCAGGACCCGCAGGCAAACAAACAGAACGGUGGUACGGGCGAUAACCUGUCCAAGGGGGGCAUUCUGGCGAAGGCUUGCGAGUACAUUACCCGGCUGAAAGACACCAGUGAUAAACUGACCGAGUGCCUUGCCGAAAAGGAUCAGAUACUGCUGGAGAACCUGCAACUGAAAGAAAGCAUCAACCAGCUGCUGGCGGAAAACAAACGGCUACAGUCGGAGCUGCAGUUCGCUCUCGCCACCAACGUCAAAAUCGAGUCGUAGCCAUCGUCGAAAAGUCAUUUUCACUUUAUCAUAGUCUAGAAAGGUACUACACUGUAGGUAUUAGCCCUUUGAACGAAAGUGAGAGAGAUAACUAGUUGUGAAGGUGUCGUGUUAGAACGCUGUGCGAUCGCAACACACACAAAUAUAUAUACAUACACAAACAUACAAAGCAGAGAAUCACUAAUGUAAGUAUUCGUCAUUAUUAAUGAAUCGAUCAAUUUACCAUACUUGUUGAAUUGCACUGAACGGAAGAUACCCAUGUGUACAUAGAAUCGAGAUGAGCCAGAAACAACAGUAGAGGAAUGAGAAAAAAAAGAAAAGUGAAAAUAGUUAAUAGCCCGUAUGUUGGCAAACCUAGUAUAAUAGGCGUUAACCUACCCACAGAGUAAUUAAACGCUCAAAUAAUAGUCAAUCAGUUACCGUGUCCCAUCAGAAGCAGUACAAUGUACCACCACAUUCGGUUAUCUAGAACUAGAAUGUCCUAUUCUCAACGCUUUCCGUUCGUCCGUCGGUUUUUUCCUUGUUUCAUUACGAAAUUCCUGCCUAAGUUUAAUAUAGGUCCUAACUUUUUCUAUGUACAUACACUCGUAUUGGCAGUCGUUGAUGAUUCCAUCGAUCCUUUUCUGCUAUUACCGUUAUUGCUUGAAUAGUCGUGUCGAAAUUGGAACGGUUUUCGAUUGAGCAUUAAACAUGGGAGAAUAGUUUUGCUACCCAAACUGCAAAUAAAUCUACUUGCUGUUGUCGUCUGUGUCGUCAUCCGAUGAAGGUUAUGUCAUGUUAAUAUUAGGGUUUAGUUGAAAAUUUAAUUCAGUUCAGUUCCUAGCAUGUAUUCAGCCUCAAUUAUCGUGAAUGAUUACACAAAGCGCAUGGUUAACGCAAACGGUCUUCUAAUCUUCUGCUUUUUGGUUCACUAGCAAACAGACUUUGAGACUGUUGUGUACAUUGUCACUUAACUGCUGUGACGGUACUUGAUCUCAUCUUUGCAAAGUUAUCGUCAACCGGCUGAAGUCGGAGUAGAAGGUGCUAACUCGAUCGCUCUACGACAUUUUUUUUUAUUUGUCUAGCCACCAGCCAGUCAAUCAGUGGUCUGAACAGGAAGAUUAUAUUAACGGAACAAACAUGGCAAGGUCUUCGUGAUCGAUAUCUGUGCAAGCUGAUCGCGACCGCUGGCAAAGGUGAUAAUUGGUGCACUCUUAAAACUAAUUCCAUGGUUAUUCUUCGAUAACGACGAUGGUAGAAAUGGUGUAUCCAGUCUAGGAUUCAUUUUUCGAACUGUACUAACACUAAAGUGCGAAGAAAGAAAAUCUGAUGCAAUCUCUAGUUAGUUAUACCUAUAUGUUUUAACUGAAGCGAAAAUGAACCGUUAUGGGUAUGCCUUUCACCCAUUGGCUACCAGAAUUCGAUUCCCAAACUCCAACAUAGCUUUUCUGACCCGAGUGGCGGGUGACCAUCUUAUUAAAACUUCUAUAAUCGAAAUAAAAACAAAACGAAAAACUUACGCAAAUAAGAAUGCAUUGGAACGAGCUCAUUCGACGUAUCAAACUCCACCAGUCUUCUACACAUUUUCUGAACCAUCGAUUUUUAUUUUCUAUUUCAACUAUUCUGUGUUUGACAUUUUUUAAACGACGAUUUUCACGUACAGUCCAACUAUUUCUCAGCAAAAACACUAAACUAGAAAAUGAUACGUUCAAGUUGGACGACGCCUACUCUGUUUGUCUUAAAUGAGCGCGGCACCAGGGAAACACUUUUGUGUUGGCCUACUAUUCGGUUUUUUGAGAGCUUGUAGUUCACACCACAGACUCUCGUAGUAACAGACUGGCGAAUACUUUUUAUGCCGCGUUUAUACUUCUGCUGGCUGCCUGCAUGCUGGUGCCAGUGUACUGCACUCUUAGGAAAAAAACGUUCAACGGUGGUCCUUCGUUGGUCUUUGGAUCAUUGGACCACAGUUGAACGUUUUUCCCUAAGAGGGCCAGCAUACUGGCAGCCAGCAGAAGUGUAAACGGGGCAUUAGGGAGCCAAACGAAUCGUCAAAUAAAAUUCAGUUUCGAACGUGAUUCUUGUAUAGGGUUUGCGCGAUUCACCACCGUAUAGAAGGGCGAAUCUUACUUAGAUUCAUGCAAAUUGUUCCCUUCUGCUCUGGGUCAGUUCCAGCGACAACGUUCCAGCUUUUAUAAAUCGAAAAUGGUACACCCAAACUUCCAUUUACGUUAUAAUCGGGACUUCGUAAAUCGAAUUAUGACGUAAAAAAAAUUUACGUUAUUUGUAAUUUUCAACGUUAAAAAUGUUUUCCCUAUGUAUGUAUAAUAUUGGAUAUGGAUAAUAUAAUGGAUAACUAUGAAACAAAAAUUAUUAGAAUUUACAGGGAAAUGAUGUUCUAAGUCGCAUCCAUUUUCAAGAUGGCGACUUCCGGUUCAUCGAUAUUCGCUAUAAACCAUCAGAAUUUUCGUAACGGGUUUGAUGAGUACAUGUUGGAAAACGAUGUUUGAGGUGGUUCUGAAUUCCAACAUGACGACUUCCGCUUUAUUGAUAGUCCUUGAAAACCUUUACAAUAUGUGUCGAUAUUACUCGAACUGCUCGAAUACGGUUGUUAUGAGUAGGCCUUUACAUUUUUGAAGCAGUAGUAUAAUAUAUGCGGCGGAUCUAAAUUAUAGCCGGAUUUAGUAACAAAGUACUAAAAUACCAGUCAAAUCAGAUUAUCAAGAUUGUUGAAACUACUGACCAAGUGCCCUAAAUAAAGCGAAAUUUUACAUAUAAGAAACUAAAACGGAAUUCAGAACCACCUCAAACAUCGUUUUCCGACAUUUACUCAUCAAACCUCUUUUUACGAAGUAGGUAUGUGAAAAAAGUUUACGUUAUUUGGGAUUUUGUUCGUAUAAAGAGUUACAUAAAAAGAGGUAACGUAAAAAACAGUUAGUUUACGUAAACAGAGGUUUGGGUGUAUUAGGCUAUGCAGUCACGUACCUAGAGAAGGGGGGGGGGUGGGCGAGGCCCUGGCUCCUCCCGAAAUCAAAAACAGAUAUAUAAUUAUUUAGAAGGUCUCAGACAUGUGUUACAGAAAUAUCAAGACAGUAAAUGUAAAGAAAUGUAAUAGUUCCAGUGGAAAAGUUUAAAGUGUCUGUUAUGUCGUUUUCGCUUGAUACCAAACCUAACCCAGUUUUCACCAACUGCUGUCAAACCGUUUAUUUGAACCUAGUUUUAACGUUGUUGAACUGAAAAUCGAGUCAGUUUCGAACCUGGUUUUUAAAUCAGGUUUGCUUAAACUCCCGUUGCUAAGUGCGAAAUCAACAAAGUUUCGUGAAAAGUGUUUGUUUGAUGAAACUAGUCUGGGGCAGUUUAAGUUCAAGCGAAAACGACAUUAAAAACAUCCGUAACAGGCACACCGUGAGUUACAUAAGCAAUCUUCAGUAACUUUUUUUUAUCUUUGGGCCCCUCUUGAAACGAAAUCCUGGGUACGGGUCUGACGCUAUGUGCUUGGAAUGGGAACUAUUUGAAAGUUGGAAAAGAAAACUAUUGUAAUCAGAAGAAAAUGUAUCGAAUUUAGUCUAUUUGUCUCUCUAAAAAGACCUGGAGCUACGACCAUUCAGCUUAGCUCGUCGAGAUAGCAAAGUAUCAGUGUGUAUGUUUACGUUACUUAUUUUUCCCAAAUUUGCUGGAACCGAUUUUUCCUAAUUUAUGUCGUUUUCGCUUGAAAUCCAAACUAAUCCAUACAUUUGACAACAGUUGAGGUUGGUUGUUGCUUCAAGCGAAAACGCCAUCAGAUUAAAAUGGUCUCGUGAACCAAACAUUUUUGUCCGGUUUUCACUCCCGGUAUAGGUUUAUAUGAGCAAAACUACAAAGAUAAACUCAAGAUGGAGUGUUCGGCCAUUUUCUAAACGACCCUUCGAUGACUUUGGUUCACUGUAAAAUGUUUUCAUUGAGCUGUACCUUUUCAUUAGAGUUGAUUGAUACUUUUUUGUGCCGACGUUGAAUGAGCAAUUAUUCUCUACUCACUACAUUUGUUUGCGAUUUUCUCUCGUAGUCUACACUCUUCGUCUGGAAAAUCUGGAAUUAUAAUAAUUUAUUACUACCAACAGCACAGAAUUAUAUGUUAAGUAAUUGAUCUUUUUAAACAAUUCUACUUUCAAGCUGAGUAAAAUUUUGUAAGGCUUUCAAAAACCACUUGAAUAAUCUGAUAAAUAUUCCACCUAAUUGUGAACAAAUUGUUCUACAGAUAAGUCUAAAGUACAGGUUUUCCCCAUCCGCACCUGACAAAUGUCUAUUAUGUAUUGUACACCGGAGGUUAUGUCUGUCGCAAUUAUAACUCAAUGACAGUAUACAUUAAAAUUCAAUUCAUUGAAGUGCCGUCUAACAGUGCCUAAGCGUCCUCUAUUACUUCCUUAGAAAAUCAUUUGAUCGUUACACUGAAGUACUGCAGAAAAAAUGCUAGUCUCAAAAGUUCGAUAAGAGCGCCGUACAACGGAUUCUAUUACGGGUACAUCGUAUGAGUACAUAAACAUUUAAAAAGGGCCUGAAGGUUAGGGAGAGAUUUUCUUUGUUUACUUUAUCUUUCGAUAGUUUCUGCGUUAUUCUUUUCAUAUGUUUGUUAUCCAUCUAGUAGAUACUGAUGCCAAAAAUUAAAUCUCCCGGUGUAAUUCCACCCGGAUAUUUAGAAAGCAAACGUGAAAAUUAAUGUGUUGUAAAUAGAAGAGAAAGUAAACAAAAUGGUACUCUCUUUUACAUAUUCGACCUCAUGACGAUAUAACAGAUUGAAAUGAGAAUUUUAUGUUCGGCUUUAAAAGUAGGGAUGUCGGUUUUUUCGAAGUAUUCACUUUUCGAGUACUUAUCAAUUAAAUUUUAAUCGUUCAUAAGCUAUGGCAUUUUCGUUUGAAGCAAAACAGCCGUAACUCUGGAUUUGACAGCAGUUAAGAUCGGAACUGGGUUAGUUUCAGCUUAUUACAUUAUUAUUCGAUUAAUCGAUCGAUUAUCCGACACCCCUAAUGCAGAGAUGUCUGGUCAUUGGUUAUGUUUAAUGUAAUUUAAAACCUAAUGCCAAUGAUGUUGGUGUUAAAUUGAGAGUGAGUGUCCAUUACAGAAAAAUUAUAAAGCAUAAAUAGAUAACGAAAAAAUGUAUUCCUUCCGGCACAGUUCGUGGCUUGUUCCAGUAAAUUUACGCAAAAAGAGAUUAAAUUUACAAAACAGCAGUUGCUAGGUUUUCUUUUGUUAGUAAUUGAGUAUCUGGGCAAAACUUCUGGAAAGUGCUUGAAUCACAAUACUCAUUUUGAAGAUAAGACUAUUAACGUGCACUGAAGUUCGUGCGCUGAAAAUGAUGAAAUCGUUGCUGAUAUUCUGGAAGUCGUGUAUGACCAGCUGCACGAAGCCUCACUCCAAGUGAAUCCGUUAAGGUGCAAUUUUCAAUCUCGGAGAAACAGCUAUUGUUGGAAAACAAAAACACAUUUUCUUCACUAUUACUAAAUAAAUCUUCAUUGAAACAUCAUUCAUCCACUAAAAAAUCAAUCAACCAUUUCUUUUUGCACGAAUUUCAACUCAACGACAAUGUAGAAAACUGCUUUUGUGUUUUUUUGGCUAAUGGCUGAUUGUAAGUAGUCCCUUGAUGCGUUAGUUCGAUAAAUGUUAUAUCUGACCCGAAGACUUUUUGUGGAAGAUUCACUACAAUGUUACUGAAUUUCGUCGUUUUUUUUUGUUUGUGCGGAGCAUAAGACGAUUGUCUCGCAAGCCAGUUGUCAUAUGUUCGAGCUCCGAGUUGGAAACCUUUUAAUGUCAGUAGGAUUGUCCUCGUCCUAACGGUUCUAAAUUUAGUUGAAACUGAAGAUCAAGGUUCGCUUCGAAGUGAUUGCCAAAAGUUGUAUUGAGGUAUAUUCCAUUUAAGUCGUCGAGUUUAUCCGCUAUAAAAACGAGUUACUUUAAACCUAUCAAUUCAUGCGAUAAGCAUAACCGACGCAGGCGGCAACCGGCAAAACAGACAAGACAAGGUAUAUCACAUCGUUCAAAAACCUCAAUAAACCCCAAUCAAUCGCUUUAAGUCUAUAAUCAAUUGUUACAAUUUGCAAGCAAUUAGCGGUUAUGACGGGGAGCUUUUUAGCCAGUUUUCCUAUCAUGUGUACUAGAAAAACCCUGACAUGUGGCGCGCUGUACAAGAUCUCAGCCUUGAUCUCAGCUUAUUUGUGGACCAACGAUCGCAGUAGGCAUCUCAACGGAUGACAGAAAACGGCGACAGUUCCAGCGAAUCGCAUCGAUCAUGCUAGCGGCCAAAUUACCUACGGGGAAAUAUUGAAGGGAAAAACAAAACGUGACGUUAUGGCAACCGCACCGGACAGCACCGGCGAACCGAUAGAUGAAGCGAUUAAGAUACGGUACGCUAUGGAGAAAAAAAGUCUAUAAUCCAGUUGGAAACUAGCAAUUGUUGCUGUUAUUGUACCUUGAGAUGAUAAACACUUCCCCAGGGAGUAUUUGCACAGUUUGACAUUUGAGUGGCGAAUUUAUCGGUGGGAAAUUCAUUCAAUUAAUAUUCCACCGGUGUGGAUUGACUGUACAAUAUUAUUGAUGAUGCAACGGGUAUUUGCCUAGUGCGCCAAAACUGGUAAGCUUAAAAUACGAGAUUUAUUCCGAAUCGGAAGAAAUACACACGUUCUAUUAUUUAUCCUCUGUUAGCCAUUUUCCCGGUAACUGUCUUUGAUGGCGACUGAUUAGAUAAAGCUUACUGCUCCGAAUAAAAAAAACUGCUACGAUACGAGGGAUUUGGAAUGUUUCGUCUUCUUAGUAGCUUUGGCUAAUGACAUUUUGAGCUCCACCAAACAUAUGGUGAAUCUAAUCCCUAGUUUUCAUUACAGUUGACAAGUUUGAGCAGCACUCGAAGGAACACAGCACACACCCUCCCGCUGUUAAGUAUUUUGCUAGGUUAGCCAUAAAAUAUCUAGGUGAUAAUAGCGUACACAAGUCAUAUGAAUGAAACGUAACACGUUACGUGCUUCUACUGAUAAACGGUGUCUUGUCGGUCAAACGAUGUUCAGUUCUUGAGAAAAUCUAUUAUCGAUAAACGCUUUGAACCGUCACUUGGGGUCUGUUGUUAUGGAUAUACAACAAAGUAGUAAAAACGCACGGUUACUUGGAUACGUAUUUUCUAGACCAUGUUGGCAUGAAGUUUGCGUUUAGCCCCUGUUCGGGAGUUCGGUGAGUGUCGUUUUUCUUAUCACUCGGUUGAGAUGCGUGAAGGUUUCAUUUUGAAAGAAGAAUAUCUUCCACCCAGCUACAGCAAACUCAUUGCUAAUGGAGUGAUACAUAUAUACAGUGCCAGAUAAGUGGAGUACAUUGUUGACAUUGUUGAUUGUAAAUUAGGUUGACGAAGAAUGGAAUCUGUUUUCAGAGUUAUAACAAACGAUGACGGAUGAGGUCAAAACGUGAAAAACUUCAACAAGUACUUCGUCAGAUUCGUUUUUAUUUUUUUGUAUUCAACCAUGCAGCAUUCGAUAGUAGCCUCAUUGUUGCUAGAUGUGAUGUAUCAUUCAUGUUUCAUGGCCGAAAAGCUUAAAAAAGUUUGUGAUAUGGAUGAUAACGAUACAAAGAUGUUCGAGGAAUGUGGUGAAAUGUCGUCACUUUUUAGUAGACAAAUUAAUCCUUAUGAUCACUUCUAACGCAUGCGGGAUUUUUGUAAAUUUAUUGUUUCCGAUUAUUCAAGAUUUCUCCGACACACCUUCAUAUCUAUAAUUACCUGUCAUUUAGGGAAAGAAAAAAAAAGAUCAUCGCGAGAUGUCAAUGCCAACGGCUGCAAUGAUUAGAAAAAAAUAUAUAUAUUCACAAAGAGCAUGAUUUUGCGCACGUUUUGUCGCAGAACUGCUCGUAGGUUCAAUUACACAGAUUAAAUACGUAUUACUCACUGAUAGCCGUACUUUGACGAUGAUAAUGACACCAUAUAACAGGGGCAGUAUCGUAACAUCGUGCUUCAUCAUACACACAUGAUUUUAAAUGAUUCUUUACCAGAACUUCAACGUUUUUUUUUUAUGACUAUUAGUCGGCUUUAAGUAUCAUUAGUUUGGACCGAAAAUAAUAGAGUAAUUCAAUUAUCUUUUUCUGCUGCUAAGUCCUACUGGAAGCUAAUUCCGGAACCAACGUUCAGUGGUUUUACAUUGUUGUGGUAGACAUCGGUGUUAACCCUUGGAUCGUCUAUUCUCAUUUGACCGUUGCUUAACAUUUUAUUAUUUCGAAAUAUUACGCUUUUUACCCGUCGACCGGGACGGGAACAGGUUGCCGUCACUAACCAACCACUGAGAAGGGCAAGUCAAUUCAAUACUGCCUGCAACAAUAGCAACCGUAUCAGCCGACCGUGAUUUACACGUGUUCACAGAAAGUCGCGUUUGGCUCUUCAAUGAUUCGUUCGUGUGCCCGAAAUGACAGGCGGAAAAUUUAUACUGAGUGGUUGGCGGCAUGUACCGGCGGUGGUACCGACAACAAGCACAGCACACGAUACUUAUGCUUGAUUACCGCUGGAAAAUGAACGACAUGCGAGUCAUGCGAACGUAUAUCUUCUCCCUCUUUCUCUGUGUGAGCGGGUGAAAAAUGCGGAAAAGAUCGCCAAUGGCGGAUGCCUGAAGGUCGAUCGGUACACUGUGUACUGUACUACCGACGACACGACCUGCCACUCGUCUAUCAAAACUGUAUCGUAAAUUUAACUACCCCUCAGUAACUGGAAAUGUCAAAUCGGAAACGUUAGUGAAUUUUUUUAAACUGGCAGCACAAGUUGAUUUAUUUAUUGAUUUUGAAUAACAGUCACCAUAACCUUGGUUACUGCAUAUCGAAGGCAAGAUGAAUGUAAACAAAAUAAAUUUCAGAUCGGUUAUUAUAUUACGGAACAUUUUAAUGGAUUUACCUGACUCGAGCGGAAUGUAAAAAUUUAGGAGUAUGAGUUAUGUCUUUUAUAAAGCCAAGUUCAAAAUUCAGGUCUUGACUUGAAACCGUUGUGUGAGAAAGAAGACAUGGAAAUGACCGACAACGAGCUGAGCGAGGCUUGUGCUCUGCGGUACCUGCAUAACGUACGGUAAAAUGAUUUCUUUGUGGAAUUCCACUAGUAAUCCUCGAAUAGUGGCCAACAAGGAGAAAUACUGUUUCCACUGCUGCGCAAUCAACCGACACAAAACAAUUUUGACACCGGCAUAUUACACCGAAUCCUACUGCCCAGAAAAGCUAGCAGUGGAAGUGUACGGAUGAAUCGCUGGAAGUAGAUCAUUGUCCUCGUUCGUUGGUUUUAUCCAUAGUUUCGAUUAAAUUCCGAAAAUGCAUUUCUGCUAAAUUUGGACAAAGUUUAACACUAAUAUUCCACCGCUUUCAAAACAUGUUUAUUUGUUUUGGGGUUCCUUGGUAACCAGUACAUAGCAACUUAAACAGUGUUGCUCGAGAAGAUUAUUUUUAUCAUUUACAAGGGGUCGCUAGAUUUGUGGUAACUGGCGGUGAAUCGUUAGCGAACAGUUUUAAUGCUGAUUUUUCUUCUGAGUGCCUGGUCGUGUCGUCGGUACUACUCUAUUGAACAAUUCAAUUCAAUGGAUUUGACAUUUGGUACCAUGUCAAUCCUAGCAGUCUGUGAAUUUCCGUAUGGGAAAAGCGUGGUAAUAAUUUACGACAAAGCGAAAAUUCCCAUGAAAUCCCAUAGUCUGGAAUAGCAAAACUAUUUACCCAUUUUUAAAACCUACUACGUUUCAGAAGGCUUGAUAUUUUUACUUAAGAAUCCCUACUAAAAAAAGAGGUAGCAACAAUAAACAAAAUAGCAAGAAACGAAGAAAUGACAUAUCUGUAAACUCAUCCUUGAAUGCCGGCUGGUGUACGCAAAAGAUAUUAACUUUAAGAAUCAAGGGAGCUAUACUAGUCGGAAAGAUAGGAAAAUACUUCAGACUUGUUAUGAAAAAUAAACGUGCAAACAUAUAAAUAAAGAUUUUAUACAAAUCAGAAAACAGUGAGAGUAACAACCGCGAUUCUGUUUUUGAGUGAUAGGUACGGAAGAGCGAAAUCCGCUAUUGUUUCAGUUUCCACUCUUUAGAGUGAUGUUUAAUCGGAUUUUGUUUGUUUUCAAUGUUAUUGAGGCAUUAAUACAGCCAUGCUCAUGUUGUUACUGUUUAUGUUUUUCAUUUCAAUAAAAUAAUGAUUCCUUUAAGACUAAACGUGUUUUCGUUACCGUUAACAAAUAUAGUUUGUGCUACAUCGUGUUGUUGAAUAUAGUAUAUACUAUGAUAAUGAUACAUAGGGUAAGUUCAAGGAGAAAACCCAGAAAAGAUUUUAGCAAAGACUAAAGAGAAAAAAUACCUAAAUAUAUAUAUAUAUAUGAAAUGCGGAUAAAUGCAAUAAUAGUGUUAUUAUUUUAUUGAAUAAUUACCUACUAAUCAUAAGUAUUUUACUGAUAUAUUAUUACUAUAUAUAAAGUAUUGGUCUAUGUACAAAAGUUGUGAACAAAAAGCAUACAACACGAAAGGAGAGCAAGUUACUAUUGCAAUAAAACAUAAAACUAAAGAGCGCUACGGAAGGAUUGAAAUCCAUACAAAUCAAAGACGAAUAAAGUUUAGAAUCAUACUUAAAGAAAAAAAAAAAGCAAAUACUAAUUGCAACUGCUAUAAAACAUAUUAUUACGAAACUCUAAAAUAAUGAAAUCAGAUACAAUAAUUAAAGUAUAGUUAUCAUUGAACUUUUCAAAAAGUUAUUAAAUUAUUGCUAUUACAUUAAAUAUACUUAAAGAGAAGAACAAAACUAUGUAUGAAUAUUUAUGGACACACAUUGAAGCAGAAAUUUUACAGAACGAAAGCAAACAAUAUACACUAGUUGACGCGGGCAAAACUACUCUGAAAUAAACUAACAAAGUUGUAGCGAAUGUUGUUCAGUGAACCAAACAUCCCAACCCAUAUUUCCCUGGAAACAGUUCGCAGUUCACGCAUAACGAUCUUUGGUUCGGUUACUUAGCGAUGGAUGUUUCUUAUUUUUCUGAGCAAAAACCACUGCAACCAGCAUUAUACAAUAUCGCGUUCCCGAUUCAUCACUAACAAUAAUCGAAACAAAAAGUUGUAAUUAAAAAAAAAUUGUUAAAUGAAAGAAUGAAUGAUGGGUAAGUUACACAUAAUUUAGUUUUAAUACCGGUUGAACCGGAAUUACACAAAAUGUAAAACUAAACAAACCUGUUCGAUCAUUGCAGCUGCGAAUCAAAAUCCAACUCUAAAAAUAUUGUGAAAAUAAAAUAAAAACAAAUUAUAACGAUGGAA